GAGGCGUGGCCGAGGCCUGACAGCGGUAGCGGCCUGGCAACAGGGGGUCUGCGGUCGGCACGGACGGCACGGCACGGCACGGCCUGCGGGCACCGCGUCCGCCUGAGACCGAGCUUCGCGGGGUGAGGGCGCUCUCGCCCCCGGCAGCGCCAGGCGGGAGGGGACGAGCGGCUGCCCGCUCAGAAAGUCCUCCAAGGAGCAGUCGAGUUCGCCGCUAGAGCGCCCGCGCGCCGCGACGCUCUGGCAGGCGCCGCGCGCUCCCGUCUGUGGUCAGGCCCGCCUCUCCCGUCGUGUGUGGCACCGCCGCGAGCGGAGCGGUCGUGAAGGCGUCGCCAUGAUGAACAGCGGAGGGAUAGGGGUGCCGCUGGGCUUCCCCUUGGGCCCCACGUCUGUCAUCCAGGUCACGAACCUCUCCUCGGCAGUGACCAGUGAGCAGAUGCGGACUCUCUUCGGCUUCCUGGGAGAUAUCGAGGAGCUGCGGCUCUAUCCCCCGGACAACGCACCUCUUGCUUUUUCCUCCAAAGUAUGUUAUAUUAAGUUUCGUGAAGCAUCAAGUGUUGGUGUGGCCCAGCAUCUAACUAACACGGUUUUUAUUGACAGAGCUUUGAUAGUUGUGCCCUGUGCAGAAGGUAAAAUCCCAGAUGAAGCCAAAGCCCUUUCUCUAUUGGCUCCUGCUCCUACUAUGACAAGCCUGAUGCCUGGUGCAGGAUUGCUUCCUAUACCUACACCAACACCUUUGACUACACUUGGUGUUUCCCUUGGCACUUUGGGAGCUAUACCAGCAGCAGCAUUGGAUCCUAACAUUACAGGUCUGGGAGAAAUACCACAGCCACCAAUUAUGGGAAAUGUGGAUCCAUCCAAAAUUGAUGAAAUCAGGAGAACAGUUUAUGUUGGAAACUUGAAUUCCCAGACAACAACAGCAGACCAGCUGCUUGAAUUCUUUAAGCAAGUUGGAGAAGUCAAAUUCGUGCGAAUGGCAGGUGAUGAGACACAGCCAACACGAUUUGCUUUUGUGGAGUUUGCAGACCAAAAUUCUGUACCUCGAGCUCUUGCCUUUAAUGGAGUUAUGUUUGGAGACAGGCCACUGAAAAUAAAUCACUCCAAUAAUGCAAUAGUGAAGCCUCCAGAAAUGACACCACAAGCUGCUGCCAAGGAACUGGAAGAAGUAAUGAAGAGAGUAAGAGAAGCCCAAUCUUUCAUAUCUGCUGCUAUUGAGCCAGAGUCUGGAAAGAGCAGUGAAAGAAAAGGCGGUCGAUCUCGUUCCCAUUCUCGUUCAGAAUCCAGGUCUAGCUCAAAAUCCCGAUCUAGAAGGAAAAGAUCACACUCAAAACACAGAAGUAGAUCUGGCAACAGGUCCCUCUCAAGGCACAAGGACAGGCGCAGAUCCAGAAGUCCUCUAAAAAAACGGUCUCGAUCCAGGGAGAGGCGGAAAUCAAGAAGUCGCUCUCGUUCUCGGGACAAGAAAAGAGACAAAGAAAAGGUCAAGGAAAAAGAAAAGGCCAAAGAAAAGGACAAAGAGAGAGAGCGAGACAAAGACAGGGAUAGAGAGCGAGAUAAAGAUAGGGAUAGAGAACGAGACAAAGAGAGAAACAGGGAGAAGGACAAGGAGAGAGACAAAGAACGAAACAAAGAUCGAGACAGAGGCAAAGAAAGAGAUAGGGAGAAGGAUAAAGACAAAGAGAGAGACAAGGACAGGGAAAAGGAGAAAGAUAAGGAAAAAGACAGGGAAGAGGUAGAGCAGAACAAGGAAAAAGAAGAUUCUGAGAAGGAAGGAGAGAAGGACAGAGAGAAGAUUAAGGACAAGGAGGGAGAGAAGGACAAAGGAGGAGACAAAGAGAAGGACAGGGACAAAGAAAAGGAAAAAGAUGGGGAUAAGGAGCGAGAGAGAGAAAAAGAGAGAGAUGAUAAAAAGAAGAAAGAGAAGAGAUCCAGAACACCCCCAAGAAGCUAUAGCUCUUCAAGAAGAUCUCGUAGCUCCAGCAGAGAAAGGCGUAAAAGGAAGAGCAGAAGUCCCUCCAAGUCUCCUAAGACAUCCAAAACAACAAAAAGAAAGUCUUCACGAACUCCUUCACCAAGAAGCAGAAACAAGAAAGAAAAAAAAAAAGAGAGAGAUACAAAUAAUGAAAGAAGAGAAAGAGAACGCUCUACCUCCAAGAAAAAAAGUAGUAAAGAAAAAGAAGGACGGGAGAAAUCUGACAGAAGUACCACUACUUUGAAGGACAAAGAUCACCCUAAAGAGGAUCAGAAUUCAGAAACUGACAAGGAAAUAGAUGAGAGAGAUACACAAAGGACAGAUGAAGUCAAACUGCAGCAGAAUGGGAGCUGUCAACCAAAUGAAGAAAACCUCUCCAUUAAAAUGGAAGAGGUUUAAAGCAAAGAAUGGGCUUCUGAUUCAACUAAGGAAUGAAAUCCAAAGCUUUUUAUUUUCAAGAAUGAGGAAGGAAAUGUCAAAGCAAUCAACUUGAACGUGUUGAUAGGACUAGUAGCUCUUCAAUUGUUGUGAUAGCUUUGUCUUCUUGCUGUAAAGCAAGAGAGCACAGACCAGUAGAAAAAGCAGAUGCCAUCAGAACUAUUCAUCUCUGAAAAAUCCAUGCAUUUCCAUGAUGGCUUUACUUGUUUGUAAAAUGAUUUAUGUUAUGUUUUGCUGUAAGCUGUUACAAAUAAAUAGAAACUGAAAGAUGUAAACCUGUACUACUCAAAAAAAGCUGAAGAUAGGCUUUGAAAGUUGUUUAAAGUACUGCUUAUUCACAAACUUUGUAUUGUUUUACUGUGUGGGUUAAAACUGACUUACACAUUUUUUGUUUGCUUACUGCUUGAGAAUCUUGGGUUUUAUUAUUUAAAAUAAUUUCUUACUAAUAUGCCUAAAAUUAAUACUUCAUUUAAAGUAUUUGAACAAUGCAUGCUGUUUUUCUGUUCCUAAAAGGAGCAUUGCCAUGUUAUAGGUAAUGGAUUAGCUUACUGGGUUGUUUUGGAGUUGUUGUUUUCUUUUGUCCUUCCAGAAGUGAGCACAUCUAUAUGGUAUUAUCAGAACUUAACAGCUUUAUUUUGAGCCGUACUGCAGUAUGUUUGUUCAGCUGCAAAUAGUACAGGUGCCAUUAUGAGAAUAAAUCUUUCUUAUUUGUUAAAAAAAAUAUGGGGAGCACAAGCAGAAGCUUUAGUGCCUUCUUAAAAUGUGGUAUUUUCUAGAAAUGUAUAUGUGCUAUUACUCAUUCUCUGUUAAUCUACAUGAUCUCUAUUGCUGUUUUGUCACCACCAUACUGUAGACAAUAAUGCAAGUGAUAUGUGAGAACAGUUGCUUGAUUCACUUAAAAUACUAAAGCUCAAAAAGCUCCAUUCUUUUAUUUAUAGGAAACAUUAUAGGUAAAAGCAAAGAUGAAACUGGGGACCACCACUGUACAAAAGUAGUAGCUGAAUGCAAGGCAUUUUCUGAUCACCCACAUCAAAGACAGACUGUUGGGCUUUUAAGCUACAUUUGGGUGGCCUUAAUGUUACCUCUCCAUCUUCUGUGAUACCUGUUCUGUGAUACAAAAGGAAUUGUAUGCAAAGAAAUGGGGAUAAGUAAUCUAGGGAAAAACCUUCUAAUUUACACAGGAAUUAUAUGGUAGAGAUUCUUCAUUCUUUGGGGACAAAGAAUGUAAGAAUGACAAAGCAAGUAUUUUUUUCAAGGUUAAACAUGGCUUAUUUUCUCAUGUAUCUUAAUUCGUGACAUAGGAUUUCUUACUUAGGCCUAAAAUCGAGUAGAUUAUUUUUAAUACAAUUUAAUACAAUCAGAUGACAUAAUUGCCUUACCUCAUGGGGAGAGUUAUUUCCUUCUUAAACAAAAACCAACAGAAAAACAAACAAAAACACCCCAACUUAAUAGUAUAUUAGCUAUUUGCUUUCAAUUUGUUUUUGCUUUCCUUUACAUAGUUAAUUCUGUCAAAAAAACAUAUUACAGGGGAUGAGAAAUUUGCCCAAUUCCUAAGGUAUUGAAACACAGUUUGAUUGUGAAGCUGCUUAAUCAUUUACCAUUUUCGGUAGAAUUUAAUUUUCUUGCCACUGUGUACGUUUAAAUCUAAAGAAAAUGCUUUACCAUGUAAAGUAUAGGCAGUCAUUUUUGUUAUGUUUAAGCCACAGGCUGUUGGCUAGUGAACAGCUUAUUCUGAUAAAAGAAUGACAAAUCUGUAUGCUUACAGGAAGACUGUGAAGGAUUGUGUCUUGCAACAACAGCUGUCUUAUUUAUGAUGUGUAAGUAGCAUAGAGCAAAGAGGUUGUAUACUUGUUAUCUUUGGUACCAUUUCACUAAUAAAGUAAGUAUUUUAGAGGGAA